AUGAAAGGCCCAGAUGACGAUGCGGCGUACUUGCUCGACCUCUUCUCUAACUUGUCACCGCGACGCCAACGCGAGACCGAAGAUCGACGAUCUGCUGUUGAACGGGCUCGACCACCGCCCUCGACCCCUCCUCGCUCUCGACCAGCUGGAUCUAGUCGCAAUCCUUUUGCCCUGCUAUCUGACGAAAUCAACCUGACCGAACGCACCUCUCCCCAAAACGCUGGGAUCGCUCCUCUUCCAACGGCUGUUCACAGUUAUGUCGAUACCUUUUCGUCCCCAACUGGAUCUACAACCGCAGACGAACCUUUGCGCCCACGUUUCCCCCACCCUUUUCUAAGUCCCAUUACCCGGUUAGACAUGUCCCAUCGGAACCCACAACGUUUCCCUGCAGGCAGGCAAAAGCUGAUACCCCCACCCAUUUCCAGGCAGGGUGAUUCGUCGCAGAUGUUGAACAAAGACCAGCAGAAGGAUUCCCAGAAUCGGCAAGAUGAGGCUCGUUUGCUCGGAGCUAGAUAUCCUGACUCGAACGCUGUCAAGAUAAAGCCCGGAGCAUUUCAUUCUAGGAACAAGAAGCCAGGGGCCAACUUCGCGUUCUCCCCCGCGAACAAACUUUCACAAAAUGCCCGAAGCAGCGGGCCAGUCCGUUCUUCCGGAGGAUCAAAUCAACAACCUCCACGGAGAAAGUCGCACCACUUUGAGGAAGAGUUUGAAGAGUCGAGUCGGCCUACCAAGAUCCGGCGCCAGAGUGAAACCAGUGAAACCAUCGACCUUACGGCCCCGGCAAAUCCAGCCAUAGGUCAGUUGGAGCAGGGACCCACACCUUUUGUCUCCCACCAAAACGCAGCUCGUCGCAACCGACAUGAAGAUCCCAGGGAUGCGGAGCAUGGCGUCAAAGUAGCGCAAAGCCCUAUUCGUCCUCAACAUGCCCAAUUCUCUUCUGCUGACUCUCGGGAUGAAAGGUUUACUGAGACAGCAGCGCAGCAACGGCGGGAUCAGGCGAGAUCUAAAGCUCCCCGGCUGUAUCAGCCUAAUGGCAAAGCAAACCAGACUUCUGAAGCCAUUGUUAUUGGGAGCAUUGAGACUGGACCGAAGAGAACUGGUCGCAAUCGCACUGCAGUUCCGUCGACGAGCAUCCAUCGUCCUGCCAACGGCAGGGAAAGUCCAGAUGAGCUUCAAGGCGACAUCACCACCCAUCAAGUACCGAGAUCCUUCUCAGGAACACAAUCCCAAACCACUCGCCCAUCCAACCCAGGAAUGGACACAGAAUCACCGACUCGAAAGCGCUCCCCGUCCGAUGCCCAAACUCCAGACCUUGCGCCGCCAUCACCAGCUACAAAAAAGCCCAAGAUCUCUCAAAAGGGCUCUGAUAAGAAACACAUAUUGCGAUACUUCCGAACCGGCUCCUUCGGCAAAUCUUGCGAUAAGAUGGAAUACGUCCCAAUCUAUUCAAACAAGGAAGGUCUUGAACUCCGUGAGGAUGUACUCGGCCAGGGUAACACAAUAUCAAUACCCUUCCACCAAAUUCGCCAGAUCUUCACCGGUGAGCCGCCCAGCCGGAAAGUGAGAAUCAGAAUGUUGCAAAAUUCUGUCCAAGCAGACGACCAGCUUGACGUGGAGUUUUGGACCACCGAGGAGAAGCUCAAGUUACUGGAAGUGCUGAAUCAAGCCAAUGACAAGGUCCAGCGUCCUCUCAAGGAGAUGAAAUGGAUGGACAAGGCGUUUUUGAAAUACGAAAAGCAAUUCCCACUGGAGAACCAGCUGCCUAAGAAGCGGAUUCUUGAUGACUUGGUAGAAGAUCCUGAUCCUGCGCACUCUCCCCCUCCCUCGCGACGACCCAAACUUUCAAAAUCCUUGAGAGAUGACCAAGGUGAAGUCAACAAUGUUAAAUUGCGUGAGAUCAAACGCACUGCCCAAGAAAAGGGAAAAUAUGGAAACGGCAUUGCCGAUUGUCGGACGUCUACUAAAAAGCAAGAUGAUUCAAGACCUCUUGAUACCGAUACUGCGGUUGAUGUUCGAUCUACCGCCAACCCACUGGAACGCGAAACCCGCUAUUCUACCCGCCGUGUCACUAAUAAACCCGACUUGUCGAAUGGAGACAAUACAUCUGAAGCACACUCGGACUCACUUCUCAGGGAUGAUUCUUUCCGCCGCAAAUGGAAGAAACCGCUGGUGUAUCCGCGAAAUGGAAAGAAGAAGGCCGAGGUCACACUUGGCGAUCGUGAACGAUUACUUCGGGACGAUUUUCUGAACGAUAACCUGAUCGCCCUCUACAUGCGUUUCCUUCAGGACCAUCUCGAACGCACCAACAAAGAGGCUGCCAAGCGAAUCUACUUCUUCAACACCUACUUAUUUGCGACUCUCACGAACACCCCACGGGGAGACCGUGGGAUCAACUACAGUGGUGUGGAGAAGUGGACUCGGAACGUCGAUCUUUUCAGUUAUGAUUAUAUCGUCGUUCCUAUCAACGAGAAUGCGCAUUGGUAUGUUGCAAUCAUUUGCAACUUGCCAAGUUUGUCUCUUGGUUUUGCCGACGGCGCCGUAGAGCCGGUUCAAACACCGACUCUACAGAAAGAAUCAUCCAAUGCGUCUGAGAGUGAGAUCCAGGAAAUUGAAGAGACACCUGAGCCGGAACCAAAGUUAAAGUCAGAGCCCAAUGCUUCUGACAAGGCUAGUCAACCCUGUGAAAUUCGAAAGGGAUCCGAGACCAGGAAAGACCUUGCUUCCCUGCAGAUUGAGAAAAAUGAGCAUGCGAUCAAGAAUCCAAAGCAGUCCGUACCCGACGAUACCCCACUUCCAGCCCCAAAUCUCUCCAAAUUCGCCGCCCAAAAGCUCGCCCAAGAGCAGGCCGCGGCGUCUCAACCGACAAACAAGUCCAAGAAGAAGAGGACUGGGCUGAAGUUGGAUCCCAACCAAACAACGAUCAUCACAUUUGACUCCCUCGACAUGCCUCGCUCCCCCACCAUCAAAAUCCUACGCGAGUACAUCUGCCGCGAAGCGGUGUCUAAACGCAACGUGGAACUGGACCCGACCGAUGUCAAGGGAAUGCGAGCUCGCGAUAUCCCCCUUCAGCCCAAUUUCUGGGACUGUGGUCUUUAUCUGCUGGCAUACUUGGAGAAGUUUGUUCAAAGCCCUGAUUGGUUCAUCACGAAGGUUCUACAGCGGAGUAUGAAUUCUAACGAUGACUGGCCUCCACUAGGCUCUGGUCUCUUGCGAUACCGUCUUGGCAAGUUCCUGGACGAGCUAUACGAGGAACAGCGGCAAGCCGAUGAGCCUGUGAUGGCAGCCAGACAGCCCGUUUCAUUCCUGCUUGGCCCUCCCCUUCCUUGUCAGGAGGAACUUCCCGAUGUCGACGUGGUACCUGAGUCCCAGCAUGAGACAGAUCCUUCAGAAGACCCUUCAAAGACUUCCAAUUCAAAGAUCGAAGACUCAAGUGAAGAUUCAACCGCGGACCAGAUGCAUCUCUUACCUACCGCAGAACUCCUGAAACCACCCAAAGCAUCCCCCGACUCACCUGCAGACACAAAGUCGCAACCUCACCAUAUUGCUCCACCAAGGGAGGAACCCAUCAUCCAAGUACCCGGUAGCCAGGAAGAGCCCGAAGAGCCAGGCACACCGACCCCUACAAGAAAAGAACGAAGGAAACAAAGCCCACGAGGCCCUUCGCGAAAGAGAUGA